AUGAAACAAUAAACUCAUUAAAGUAAUGUGUUAUAAUUAGCAGCUUAGAGUUCAGAAAGGAUUCAAAAGUACAUAAAUUCUAAUCAUAAUUCUAGCUUUGUAAAAAGUAUGAGUGUUAAUAUAAUAAGGUAUUAAAAGUGGAAGUAUUCCAUUAUUGAAUCCAGAAUUACAUGAAUUUGUAAAUCGGACACAUGAUCCUAAUCCUCCUAUUUAUAAUAAAAGAUAUAAGCUUGGUAAAAUAAGAGCAUAAGAAGCUUAAGAUGAAUUUAAUAAUGGUCAUCUUAAGGCUGAUCCAUAUAAUAAUUUACCUAAAAAUAUGAGAGAUGAAAUAUAAGCUGCUGAAAAAAUGCCUAUGAGAUAUGGUAAGAACCCAAGAACAGAAAAUGAAAGACUUUAAGAAAAACUGGAAAAUUCAUCAAUUAUAGAUCAUUCAUGCAGAAAUGUAACUAUGAUAUCAAAACCAAAUUGGAAAGCUACAAUCAAAUAAAGAUGGAUGAGUCAAGAGACCUUUAAGUCAUAAUCUGCAAAUUUUAAAUCAAAAUAUGCUUGGAAUACUAUUCCUUAUCGUCAUCCAGAAGAUAACAAUAUUUAUCUUGAAUCAGAUAUUUCUUAAAUUGAAUUCAAAAAAUUACGACCAGAAGUCUUAGAAAAAUAAGGAAAGUUACCAUUUAAUCCUGUUAUUAAGAAAAAUCCAUAUACUAUUUAUUCAACAAGCAUACGUACAUAUAAAUAAGAUGAAGCAUAUGGUAUAUAAGAAAAAACUAUGUUCUCGAAAAAUUCUUAAUUAAAACAUUAUAAAAGUGCUCUAGUUUCAACUAAAUCUGUAGAUCAUAUUAUGCCUUACAAUCAUAGUAAUAAUAUUUAAGCAAUUAAAAAUAUUUUUCCGAAUGCUGAAAAAUAAUAUCUCAAAUCUACAGAAUAACUUGGAGGAGAAUUAACUUAAAAAUUAUAAAUUUCAUAAAAAGACGAAUUUCAAAAACUUCGUCAAGAUUAACCUUCUCCAAUUCAUGAAUAUCCUUAACCAGAUGAUUUUAAUAAUACUCAUUUCGAAAAGACUAAUUUUCCUAUUAGAUAAAUUCAUAAACCAUUUAAACCUUAUACUUAAGAUGAAGCCAAAUAAAUUGUUGAUAAAUAUUUUAUCAAAUCAAAUUUUUGA